CCGGGGAAAGCAGCUGCGGGCGAUGGCGGAGGCGGCUGCAACCGAGCGGGCGCCCCGCUUCUUCCAGCGGCUGCCCAAAGUGGAGCUCCACGCCCACUUAAAUGGCUCCAUCAGUGCUGCCACCAUGAAGAAGCUGAUGGCCCAAAAAACCCACCUUCGGAUCGGAGAGGAAAUGGUCGUGAUUGACAAGGGGUCGAAAAGGACUCUGGAAGAAUGUUUCGACAUGUUCCAGUUGAUACACCAGAUGACCAGCAGACCCGAAGACAUAUUAAUGGUAACCAAAGAUGUCAUUCGAGAAUUUGCUGCAGAUGGAGUCAAGUAUCUCGAACUAAGGAGCACGCCCAGGGAGGAGAAAAGCACAGGCAUGACCAAACGGACCUACGUGGAAGCUGUCCUCGAGGGCAUCAAGCAGAGUCAGGAAGAGGGACUGGACAUAGAUGUGAGGUUUCUCGUCUCGGUGGACAGAAGCAAGGGGGCAGCUGCGGCCAAGGAAACUGUGAAGUUGGCGGGGGAUUUUUUGCUCUCCACCGACGGUGUGGUCCUUGGUCUGGACCUCAGUGGAAAUCCGAAAGCGUGGCGUGGCCAGGACUUCUUGGAGCCCCUUCUGGAAGCCAAGAAAGCUGGUUUGAAGCUGUCGUUGCAUCUCUCAGAGAUCCCAAAACAGGAGGACGAAACUCGGCUGCUUCUGGGUCUUUCUCCGGACCGAAUCGGACACGGGACGUUUCUUCAAACAUCAGAUUUGGCCACGCAGGAUCUGGUGGAUCUCGUGAGGCGAAAGAGGAUACCUUUAGAACUCUGCCUGACGUCCAACCUGAAAGCGGAGACGGUGCCCUCCAGGGCUGAGCACCAUUUUGGAUUCUGGUACCGCCUGGGUCAUCCCGUGGUCCUUUGUACGGACGACAAAGGCGUGUUUGCUACCGAGUUGUCCACGGAGUACCAGCUGGUGGCCGAGACCUUCCAGUUGUCCGACGAGCAAAUCUGGGCGCUCUCCUCCCAGGCCAUCGACCACGUCUUUGCCUGCGGCCACACGAAGACGAAGCUGAAGGAGCAAUGGCGGACGCUGAAGCCCCUCCUGCUGCAGGAACAUCAUUGAGAGGCCCCCGGGACACGCCUGGUGGGAUCCGCGGAGGGUUGGAUCGACACAGGUGGUCCUCAACUUACAACCCUCCCUUUAGCAACGGUUCAAAGUUGCGACGGCAACGGGCAUGGGCGGGCGGUCCUCGGGUUACGACCACAGUUGUGCCAACACCCAAAUUUUAGGUUGCUAAGUGAGACACGGGCGGACCUUUGUCCCCUUUUUGCGACUUCCCUUGCCAGGUUGGCUCUGCAGGUUCCUUGCCGUUGUUCAGUUAGCGCCACAU